AAUAGUGGUGAAAGAACUCCGGUGAAUGUGAAUGUCACCACGGGUGUGGCAACUGGCCCCCAUGCAGAUGACUUCCGAUCAUACCUUGGAGUAGUGGCACGUAAUAAGAUUAGCAUUCUCAUUCCAUCUUUUGAUCAUGUGUCCGAGGGUGAUCGGAACAUUAUUUGGCAAGAUAUAUUGAUGACAUUUGACAUUCCAAAUGUCCCAACACUUAGAAAUAAGUGUUUGUCAACUGUUGCAGAAAAUUUCAGAAACUUUAAAAGCAAGUUGACAUCAAGGUACAUCUUUGGACACCUUAAACAUAAAACUCCAUGUAAUGCAUAUAAGUCCAUUGAUGAGGAGACUUGGCGGGUUUUUAAAGAGAGUCGGAUGUCAGAGGAAUGGCAGGCAAUUAGAAGCAAAGCACAAGGAACAAGUGCUAAGAACAAAAACCCCCACCUAUUAUCUCGUGGUGGGUAUAGGAAGCUUGAGGAGAAAAUCCUCAAGCAAAAGGCAGAUGCUAUACCACCAUCUCAGAGUGGUAGCCCUCCUCAGCCUCCUUCUCCACCGUCUAGACAUGAGAAAUGGAAGUUGGCCCGUAUGCGACCAUCGGGCACCUACUCUUCCGACACUGCACGAGAGAUUUCUGAAAAAAUUGACGCCUUGGUUGAGCAGAGCUCCCAAGGCCAAUUCACUCCAGAGGGUCGCCAGGAUAUUAUUGCUGCUGCAAUUGGACGACCUGAGCACCCUGGACGUGUACGUGCUGCAGGUCCUGGAGUAGGCAUUACGGAUUAUUUUGGGAGCUCUUCUCGUCAGCCUUCAUAUUCGUACAGCGAUACACAAAGGAUGACAGAAGAGAUCACAAAAAAGGUCCGACAUGACCUUAUGCAGGAGAUCAGGGCCGAGGUGAGGGCUGAAUUCCAGAUGCUCUACCAGGAGCAGUUUCAGAGCAUGCGCCCGAUGCAGUCUCCUAUAGAGGAACAUGUGGUCCCUCCCCCUCCCACAGGGAGAAGCGGCAAAGGAAGUUGUUCCGCAUCAGCCAUCCCAGAGGAUGACAUGGACGAUGGUAGUCCAUGUCUGCUAUACAUUUUAGAAGAAGAUGAGAUGGUGCUGGUAGCUCGUGGAACAGAGUUUAGGUCAGCGACUGUAUGUCAUGGUAUGCAACUAUUAGAGGAUGAGGUGAAGGUAUCAGUGGAUGAAAUGAUCAUGCCAGAUGCCUCGGUUCCACUGUCCACGGAAGAGAUUUUCACUGUGGAACAAGCAUAUAAGUCGUUUAUCACUUGGCCUAAAUUUUUGGUUAAACCAGUUUCUGACCCCUCGACGCAGGAACAACAGAAGAUUCCUCUAUCUGAGGAUGACCCUCUUUCUUCAUUGCAUCUACUUGCUGACAUCCUUGAUGAUAAGCCUUUGGAGGUUCAGUAUGAUGCUAAUGUAUUUGGGCAUGGCUCUGAGGUCCCAAUAUACCUUAAUAGCCAAGAUGUCCGUGAGCUUGCGUCGGGAACACAAGAGUUGAAUAUUUCAAUUAUUCAACUAUGGACGAUGUAUAUGUCUGGGGUCACUAAUAAGUUGGGGCGUUCUGAUGAUUAUGGAUUCAUUGAUCCCCAAGACAUUCAUGAAUCAAAUGAUUUUGAUCAUAUCAACACGAGAAUGAUAAGCAGUUUUCGAAGGGGCAAGAAAAUAUACUUUUUGCCUUAUAUAUCCGGGCGCCAUUGGCAACUUCUUGUUAUGUCUGUGCAAGACAACUAUGCUUUGUGGUUCUGCUCAUUGCACAGGCCUCCUCCCACACAACUCAGACAAGCAAUUGAUUGUUCUAUUCCAGCAAGUAUGAUGAUGGACGGGAGGUCAAUUGUUAAGAGUAGAAAGAUUGCUUGGAUUUCUCUCAAGUGUAACAGACAAAAUGGGUCAUAUGAGUGUGGAUACUAUGUAAUGUAUUGGAUGACCCAUAUUGUUCGUUCUCACAUCACAAGAAGCUGGGAAACGAGAUUCAAGACUACUACACCAGUUCCUGAGAAGUCACUACUAUUCAUUAGGAACGCUGCUGCGAAGUAUAUAGUUAGAUUAUACAAUAGCUCUUAGAUUUAGAUUUAAACAAUGCAUUUGAUUAGAUAGAAUUUUCUUAGACUCUCUACUUUAUUUGAUGUUGAAAUACAUUUGAACAUGUGUUUGUUAUGUUGAAAUUGAAUUUCUGUAAAUGUUUUUAUAUGCAGGUCUGUUUUUGUGGUAGUGGAUAUCACAAAAACAGACCUGCUAUUUUAAAAAACUGCAGGGGAAUAUGCCGCGGUUCUAACCACAACCGCGGCAUAUAAGGGGAAUAUGCCGCGGU